AUGCUGAAUCGUCGUGUGCUUGCUGAAUGUCGGCGUCCUAUUCGUAGUUCUCGCUGGAAUGCUGACGCUCACUUGAGAGCUCAUGAACGCUCUCUACCUGUUGAUCAGGAUGCCAUUCUUCGAGUUGAUACCUGCCAACUAGCUGCCAAUAGCCCUAUAGAGGAUUUUUACUCAGCUGCAAACGCUUGUCAUCAAAUGCGUUUUUAUUUGAUGUCUUCGAUGGACAUGGUGGCCAUUCAUGCAGUAGACACCUGUCUAUCUCGUUGUUUUCGUAUAUAUGUAAAACUUCUUCCACCUGAUGGUCGUCUCCAAUGGCUCAGUAGCGCAGACACCCAUUUGCCAAAUCUGUUUAUCGAAUCUGAGAAAGAUCAAAUAAUCGACUAUUACAAAUCUUUUAUUGAGCGCAAGGAUCUCCAUACAGUCCGUGAUGCCCUCAAACUCGCCUUUGAAAUGUGUGAUGAGAACUUAUGUAAAGCAGCUUCACCUGAUAAUCGCGGUCAGAUUGAUAGGUUGUCGGUGGCUACGGCCGCUGCGGGUUCUUGUGCGACACUUGCUCAUGUACGAAAAGGUAACCUUCAGGUAGCUAACGUAGGAGACGGCGCUGCUGUCUUAGGCGUUGUAAACUCAAGAUCAUAG